GUCUGUGAGGACUAGAAAAACGUGUAGUCGAGGAGAGUGCAGAGGACUGACAUUAGGCUGAAGGGUAGGAGCUUCCAUCCGGCUGCUGUGGGAUUACAACAUCUGUCUGAAGGGGGAUGCUCCGAGAAAAUGUUUAACUGUGUCUCCAACAGCGUGGGCUCUUAUGGGCCUGAUGAUAUUUUCGAGGACGACUCCUACUCUCCGUCUUCCCUGUCGUCGUCCUCCUCGUCCUCCCUCCACACGGUCACCUCCCUGCAGGGAAGAACUCUUUGCACCUCUUGCGGCCAGGAGAUAGUGGACAGAUACCUCCUCAAGGUGAACAACCUGUGUUGGCACGUGCGCUGCCUCUCAUGCAGUGUGUGUAAAACAUCUCUGGGCCGGCACGUCAGUUGUUACAUCAAAGAUAAAGAAGUUUUCUGCAAACUCGACUACUUCAGAAAGUAUGGAACUCGCUGUGCUCGUUGUGGCCGUAACAUCCAUUCUAGUGACUGGGUGCGUCGGGCAAGAGGCAGCACCUUCCACCUGGCCUGUUUUUCCUGCACCUCUUGUAAGCGCCAGCUGUCUACUGGGGAGGAAUGUGGCCUACUAGAAAACAGGGUUUUCUGCCGGCCACACUAUGACAUUAUGAUGGAGAAUCUCAAACGGGCACAGGAAAAUGAGCAAUCCAAACCUGAGGAGGAGGGAACCGACAAAGAAGACUCCAGCACUCUGCCCAGACCUGCAAAGAGGGCCAGGACCAGCUUCACUGUCGACCAGUUACAGGUGAUGCAAACGCAGUUUACCAAAGAUAACAACCCGGAUGCACAGACUCUUCAGAAGCUGGCAGAGAGGACGGGUCUCAGCCGCAGGGUUAUUCAGGUUUGGUUCCAAAACUGUCGAGCUCGUCAAAAGAAACACAUCAGCCCAAGUCCUGCCUCUUCAGCCAUGAUGCCAUCACUAGCUCCUGGUCAGCUGAUGCCACCUUUGGUCGAUGACCUUCAGUACACAACCUACAUUUCCCCAGAUGCACCGCUCCUCACUACACUCACUUAUAUGGAUGCCCAGUCUCCAGACUCACUUUUGCUUCAGCCGCUAAUAUCCCAUUCAUUGACACAACUGCCAGUCAGCCACGCCUGAGUCACAGUCUGCCAUCAGACACUGAUGAAACAACAAUGGGAGGAAGAUGAUGAAGAUGAUGAAGAACAUCGAACAAAAGCAGCAGCAGCAAACAUCUGUUAGCAAAAUAAUAACACAGAAUUAGUCACUGAAUUAAUUUCAUUCCAUUACACAGGGGUUCACAGAUGAGUUGAAAUGGCAAGUAAAAUAUGUAAACUUUAACUUUCAGGUUAAUGUGUGUUAUGAAUUUAUUUGUAUUUAAUUUAUUUGGAGGAUUGGUGAGAUGAAGCACUUUGUCAGAAAAUAAUGUCAAUUUUCUUUGAUUUUGAGUAAAAUGUUUAUUUUAGGAUGUAACAGAAAAUGUAGUUUUGGCAUUGACGAGUGACAAUCAGAUGGAUAUUGUUUUUGUUUCAUGACCACUAGAAAAUUCAGAAUUGGGCUAUAUCACAAAUUAAAAGCACCAAAGGUA